AUGUCUCAAGAAAGCUCAGAGUCGGCUCAUUGUUUGGACACUGUUGGUGUUGGUGGUUUCAACACUGCAAGCCUCGAUGACUUCGAUCGCAUCAAAACGUUGGGUACAGGAUCGUUCGGAAGGGUAAUGCUGGUAAAACACAAGCAAACAGGGAACUACUUUGCCAUGAAGAUACUGGAUAAACAAAAGGUUGUGAAACUGAAACAAGUCGAGCAUACGCUGAACGAGAAGCGAAUCCUGCAGGCAAUCGACUUCCCUUUCCUCGUUAACAUGCAGUACUCUUUCAAAGUAGGUUUUUUUUUGAAUGUCGAGAUUCUCGAGGAUCAGGCGUCUUCCAUUGCAUUAAUGUUUUCCCGCUUGGUUUUGCUACUCUUUCACCAUACUUGGAUAUUUUGGAGAAAUAUGCAGUCUGCUACAAUGUGAAC